AGAGAGUCUCUUUUCUCUAUAAGAUAAACCCACUUCAAUUGAAGGCGGUGAAACGAGAGGUACAUGAGACAGCAUACUUGCAAAAGUUUUCAACUAGUUUCACAUGAGAAACAAUAUUUGUUCAAACACUUUCCAGGUAAUUUCAAAACCUAAACUCCUAUGUGAGGAGUCUAUGAAAAAGUUACUCAACAGAAGAUGGACAUUGUCAACUCCUGAGACUAAAAUUCAUCAAGUAAUUCACAGAGAUAGAUUGGAUGGUACUAAUUUCUUCCAAUUGAACACCAGUCCCGAUUUUGGUGACCGCAAUGUUAAACAAAGGAAGAGCUUUUAUGUCGUGCGGGAUGAUUUGUUGCAUCCGCUAAUUAAUGGAAAUAAAGCAAGAAAAUUGGAUGGAUUGCUUCCCUUGCUUCAAGAUUAUUCAGUGACUGAUGUGGUUACCUGUGGAGGUUGUCAGAGUGCUCACACAGCUGCUAUUGCUGUUCUGUGUGCUGAGAGAGGAAUUACGUCACAUCUGCUUCUACGAGGAGAACAGCCUGAAAUUUUGACUGGCUAUAACUUGAUGUCUACAAUAUACGGAAAUGUCACAUAUGUUCCAAGAACUAUUUACGCCAACAGGGAAGACAUGCUAAAGAACUAUGCUACGUCAGUGGCCGGAAACAGUGGUUCUGUCUUAUGGUUCAGUGAUAUCAUUCAAGCUUCCUCAACAGCCGAAUUGUCUACUUCUCCAAAUUUUAUGCAAAUGGACGCAAGUAGAAGUGAGGGAAACCUUCCUCAAAAGAUUUUAGUUGUCAACGAAGGGGCUGGUGAUUCUGUUGCUCUACUAGGUAUUAUUCGGUUAGUGCAAUACUUAUCACAAAAUCAUUUACUUGGAAAACAAAAGGCCGUGAAAUUUGUCGUGGAUGCUGGUACUGGCACAACGGCUAUUGGUAUAGGACUUGCAGCCAUUUUUUUAGGACUUCCGUGGGAGGUACAUGCGGUUAUGCUUGCAGAUAAAAUUGAUGGGUACCGAAAACAGGAAAAACACUUGAUUUCUGAAUUCAGUAAGCAUUUCAAUGUUGAGUUUAGUGACCACGACGUAAACAAAGAAGAUGCUGGGAUUGUGCAUUGGGUGGAACGUUAUCGUCCAAGAAAAUUUGGUAAUAUUUUGGACAGCGAAAUGGUUGUAUGUCAGCAAAUUGCGCAGCAAACUGGGAUUCUAGUGGAUCCUGUUUACACAUUAGCUGCUUGGGAAAGAGCAAUGCUUCUCUCUAAAGAGGAUGAAGAAGGAGCUGAAGUGGUGAUGCUUCACACUGGAGGCACGUUGGGCAUGUUUGGGUUAGCACAGAGGUACAAAAAUUAUUUUGGCAUGCUCAAAAAGUGACUCAAUCAUUAUUAGAAAAGAAUGAUUUGAAUUAUUUUUGUACACAAGUAAUGUAUUUUCUUUUGGAAUAUACAGUUUUGUUUUUUUUUAAAUUUUUUUAUUUUGGAAUGUGUCAAUGUUAUGCAGAGUAUGAUUGAAGUUCAAAUUUUCAAUUUCCAGGGCUUAAAUAGUCUACAAGUUUUGUUUUUUUUUUUUGCAUUUUAUUGUCCAGCAAUUUAUUUAUUUUAUUCCGAGGGAAGCUUGCAGGGCACUAAGCUAAAACUCUGAGGGAAAAAUUCUUACCAAGUCAUUCUAAAGCAAAGGAUACAUUAGGUUACUUGUGGGAGAAAUGUGAAAUGAUGAAAACCAAAUCAAUCACCUGUUUGUCCUCCCUGAAAGAUUGAGUGGUAUAUUAAAUUCAGAGAGAACAAUGAGAGAAUCUAAAAGUAAAUUUAAAAGUUGAAU